AAUAUUGCUAUGAACCAAUCAAAACUUGCGUUACAUUUUCGAGCAAACGCAGUGCUCUUUCCUUUGUGCGCCAUUUUACGAGUGGGAAAACGCCGCAUGUUUAUUGCUUUUAAUACUUUAAUAACAACUUAAAUAUGUCUGAAGAACAGCAACAGAAAAAGGAUGAUGUCAAAAAUGAGACUGAACAUAUAAAUCUCAAGGUCACUGGACAAGAUGGUAGUGUUGUACAUUUCAAAAUUAAAAGAAAUACACCCCUGCGCAAACUCAUGUCUGCAUACUGUGACAGAGCGGGUCUUAAACUUGGAGUAGUCCGAUUUAGAUUUGAUGGUAACCCAAUAAAUGAAACAGAUACACCUCACGGGUUGGAUAUGGAAGAUGGUGAUUCAAUAGACGUAUUUCAACAACAGACAGGAGGUGUGCGGUUACAAUGAUACCUAGAUCUCAUUAACUUUUUGGACAGACUUUAAAAAAUCUGAGGCAGUUGCACCAGUACUAUCUUCAUCAAAAAUGGGUGCCAUUCUUUAUAUAUUUACUUGAAAGUUAUCAGUUCACUGUGGAAUCUAGGAUUAAUAAUAUCAUGUUUGGGAUUUUAGUUAAUUUUAAAGUGAGAUAACACAUGUUCUUGACGACUAAUGUUUUAGCAAUGAUGAAUUAUGAUUUAUAUUAACAGAAAGGUUGGAUUCAGGAAAAAGAAUUUUAAACUAGAAUUCCGGUAACAUUAUUGAUUUUGUAACAUCUCAUUGUCAUGAUCACCCUAACAUUUUUAAUCAUCUCAUCAUUUAUCAUUCAUACCAGUGUCAUUUCUUCAUUGUAAAUAAAUGCUUUAAUCAUGUUUAA